AAAGAGAAAAAAGCUUCUAACAUUUACUUGUUUGUACAAAGCAAAACAACUCCAAACAGAGACCUUCCUUCUUUCAUUCUCUCUCUCUCCAUUGCACCUUCCCUUCUUCUUUUCUCUCUCAUUUUUCAGAUUCUUCCAAUGCUCUUUUCUCUUUCAUUCACUUCUUCAGAUUCUCACCUAAAAUAUCUACUUAUUAAUUUCCGCAAUUCUCUCUGAUUUCUGCCUCUGUAAAAAAAGCACUUUUAAAGACUUUAAAAUUAAAACUGCUUCUGAAUUUAUAGAUUUUUGCUUCUUCUUGCAAGCUGUUUUACCAACAGAAAAAACUAGGUUUAUUGUUUUUGCUUCUUCUCGCCGAAAAUUAAUUAAACUAAAAAUUAACUGUUUUUUUUUUCUUCAGAAAAUUUCCAGUUUUUUCUUUUAUUCAACUUUUUCUUUCUGUGAUUACUUUGCUUUCGUUUGAGGAAAAGAUUGAGAAAUGGGUAAACAAGGACCUUGCUAUCACUGUGGCGUUUCAAGCACACCACUUUGGCGUAAUGGGCCACCUGAGAAGCCAAUUUUGUGCAAUGCAUGUGGUUCUCGAUGGAGGACAAAGGGAACACUUGCAAAUUAUACCCCUUUACAUGCUCGAACAGAACCUAAUGAUUAUGAAGAUCAAAGAGUUUCGAGGUUGAAGAUUGUAUCGGUGAAUAAGAACAAAGAAGUGAGAUUGGUUAAACGAGAGCAGAACCAUGAUAAUGGUUAUUCUGCAUCUCGAUGGCUCACCCCUGAAUAUAAUCAAGGAUUUCAAAAGGUUGUGGAUGAGGAUACAAGUAAUAGAUCAAGUUCAGGGUCAGCCAUCUCUAAUUCUGAAAGCUGUGUUCAAUUUGGUGGCACCGAUGCUAGUGAUUUGACAGGUGCUUCUCAAUCAGUGGUCUGGGAUACUGCGGUGCCGUCAAAAAAGAGAACAUGUGCUGGUCGUCUGAAGCAUUCUUCUGUUGAGAAGCUCACAAAAGAAUUGUGUAAUAUUCUUCACGAACAGCAACAACAGUCUUGUUUUUCUGCUUCUUCUGAAGAGGAACUUCUUUAUGAAAAUGAAGCGCCAAUGGUCUCAGUUGAGAUAGGACAUGGAAGCAUGCUCAUUAGGCAUCCUAGCUCUAUAGCUCGAGAUGAAGAGUCUGAGGCUAGCUCUCUUUCAGUUGAUAAUAAACAAUGCUUAAUGAAUGAGGCAUAUUCGUGUUAUGGUCCGAUUCCCAUGCUUAGUGAUUACACUGGCAUGAAUUUCUCUUCUCGGGGAGUUGCAAAGGUCGGAAACUCAGCUGGCCAAAGAAUGAAGCAAGAGAAACUUGAGAGGAACAAGUCUCAGCUUGAAAAACUAGAAGUUCUUGGAAAUCAUGAUUCACCACUGGGCUUAAUAAAUUCAAAUGAUGUGGUGAACUAUGAGGAGUUUUCAAGAAACUUGACAGAUGAAGAGCAGCAGCAAUUACUGAAGUAUCUCCCUGUGGUUGAUGCUGCAAAACUUCCUGAUAGGGAAGGUGUAUUCGAUAACUCUUUGUUGGGGGCAAACCCUGAAGAUUGUAAGACGCUGAAAAGGCUUGCAUUGUCUAAUCUCUCAAAGUCAAAAUGGGUAGAACACUAUAAUUUACUCAAGAAUGAUGGAAACAAAGCUGAAAAAUGUAAUGAUAUGGAAUCUCCUGCCGUGGCAUCAAGUAAUGUUAAGAGAUUGCGUGUCGGCCAAAACCAAAAUUUUCCAGAAUUGAAGGCAACAAUGAGGAGUCCCAAAAGGGUCAUCAUGAAAGCUAGCAGUGGCGGAAAAGAAAUUGUAGACGGCUCUAGCAUCAGUGGUGGCAACGAAAUUGUAGACGGCUCUAACAUCUUUGUUAACGAUCAUGAUCUGCUACUAGAUUUUCCAUCCAACAAUUCUUUUCCACAGGCAGAGCUCUUGCUCCCAACUUCUAGCUUGGUUGCUCAAGGAAGCACCAGUAGUAGCUCGGUACACUCUCGUGUUACUCGUCCUUGAUUAAUCUUUACUAGGUUAUACUUGGAAGAGUAUCAAUGAACAUAAUUUUAUGUUUGGUUACGGUCCGCAUGUUUUGCUUGCGUCUUAUAAACACCGAAAUCCUCGUACAAGAGAUCUGCUGGUUGUUCUUUUGUUUUUCUUGCAACCUUAUUGAGCUUAGAUUGCCAAGGGAUGCAAGUUGGAUGGGCUUUUUUUGUAUAGGUAAAUGAUAGAUUGUAUCAUAUAUAAAUAUAUAGCACGAAACGCGGAGUUUUGUAUGCGAUUGUAACUUAUGUUUUGUGAAUUAUUUGACACCCUCCCUUCACAGAAACACCAUUCAUAUGAAGAAAUAAACGAGUGAGGAAGAACUAGAGAAUUAUUUUGGCUGUAAUUAACUUGCAAAACAUAUGACACUUGAUGUGUUUGGUUUUAUGGCAAAGAGUGUUGGAUGAA